AGUUCGAAAGUAGGCCUUAGUCGUUCAGUCAGUAGUCAACUGCGUCCCCAGACGAUUGGUUGUCGUAAUGGUAAGUUCCUCGGUGUCAUCGUUCCGGAUGUUUCAUUUCUCGUAACCAAAGCCGCAAAACGUUUCCUGAACGUUCCAUGCUAGAAAGUACCGCUGAAGCCAGAAAUUUCAAUAGUGUCAGCAUCGCCAGUCGUGAUAGCGAAGAUUCCUGUGACGGAAAAGUGAAUUUGUUCGCGGACGAUCCAGAAAGUUGACGAAACUCCUUUUUCUUAGUGGUCAACUGCCUUAGCAGCAUUGUUAGUUUUCACGGUUACAUGGGCUCCGAGGAAUAAAACUGUUGACGCGUUAGUGAUAAUUGACUCAAUUGCCGGGGCAAUUUUUAUCUGGCUGCUUGGCCCUGUGCUGGUGAUUCUGUGUGAAAGUAGAAAAUGAAAAUACGUGCGAGGAGCAGCAUGGUUUUUCUUCUUGCGGUUUUCUGCCUGCUGCUCGUCCUCGGGCUAGGUCACGGCCAGGACAAUGAUCUUCCAUCGAGGAUGGAGAUCGAGAGCUCGAUCAACCGUACGAUCGAGGAGGUCGAGCGUCAACUUCGCGAGGACCCUAGGCUGCCCAGAUUAACUAGGCAAGAUAUAGUGAAAUUCCUUCAGAACAUCACGUCCCAGGAUUUGAAGACUUUCAAGGAUAAAGAGAAGGUUGAGAGAGCUAGGAAGCUGUACCAAAGAGCACUGAUGGUCGUCCUGCCUUAUAACGCUGAGUCAAAUGGGAAUCUGAAUGAUCUGUACACGAAACCACCGAUGGUCCAGAUGAUUCCAGAUUUCAGAAACACAGAAAACUACGAAGCUAAGGUAAAAGAAGACUCAAAGUACCAAGUUGCUUCAAAUUCUCCAAAGCUAGAAAAGGACAAGACUAAAGUUAACUCGAAGACGCAAGUCCAGUUAGAGUUACCGAGGUCAGGGAAUGAAGCCAAAAUCAACGAAGACGAAAGCGGAAAAGGAGCUAUUAUUGAUCUCUCCAUUCCUUCGGCGGAUGAGAACAUGGUGUCAGAUCGGGUCACUUAUAAAACGCCUAUAAAAGAUGCGCAAUCUACCACAACGAAGAAUCAAUACAAAAACCACCGUGAGACGUACUCGGACGUGCGCACGAAGGUCCCUUUAAAGGAAACGCUGAAACUGGACUCCGCGCCGGUUAGGUUCACGUUCAACCUGGAGAAUCUCCAGAAGAACGCAAUUCCUGUUGAGAAGAUGACGACUGCCAGGUACCCAGUUUACAAGAAUAACGGGAACAAGAACCCCGAGUUGGAGAUCGUCUACAGCACCAGCAUCACUGAGCUGCCUACCACGAAGUCAUCAACCAAAGGAAUCACCAUUGAUUUAGGACAGUCUAGAACCAGCCACAAUGUCCUGUCGUCGAAUCAGUGGCGUUAUAAUGCACCACCGAGUACUACUUUGAAGCCAACAAUGCCUUCCAAACUUGAGAAGGUCCCUUUUUUGCCAACUAUCAAUACAGAUGCUGAAGAAAGUUCUGUUAAGACAUUACCAAAAACACCAGAAACGAUCGUUAUGGACUUUAAACCUGCUGAAGCAUUGAUUAUGGACACUAAAAAGCCAACAGCUCUUUAUGUCACACCUAUGCCUACAGGAACACCUUCUAAAGUGAAGUAUAGUUCAACUUAUUCCAUCAAUUCAGCAGGUUUUCGAGCUGCCACGUCUACAACCACGUCGGUGCCUAUGAGGCCAGAAGUGAUGGAACUGUUAGCCUCCAUUGGUCUCAAACCAGAUAACAGUAGCAACGUAGAGGAUGUUUACAAGAAGAACAAAGACAUUCUUGGGAAUAAGACCCAGAUUCCUGAGUUGAACGGCGUGGUACCGGGUUUGGUGCCCAGUUUGUCUUCAACUGGUCCAGAUCCAGUGUCUAUUCUUAGUCAGAACACAUUCAGUAAUUCAGCAUAUGAGAUCAAGAAAGGCGUGGCUAACUUGACGCCUGACGUGCAGCUGUUGUUCCAAAGGUUCGGUCUCCAAUCCCCUAAACUUGAUCCAUCGACAACGACUACAGAGAGGACGACUAUCAAUUUCAAUGACUACACUAAUUUCAAGCCUCUCCCCACGUCUAAUGUGAAGGACCAAGGGAUGAAAGAGUUCUUGGCUAAGUUUGGGUUGGGGAUCAAUGAUAACAGAAGGCAGAAGUCUAUGAAACACGCGACGGAAGCUUCUUCGGUGGUUGAAGCUGUUCCAGACAGCAUGAGAGGCAUUCUAGAGAACAUGGGACUGGUGUCUAGCACUGUUAAACCAAGGAAAAGUGUGAACAAAGUGGUCGAGGACAUGGAAUCCACAGAGACGUCCAAGUUUCACGUGUUCAAGCCUCAUGAAGUAAAUGUGGACGAUGAAAAGCAGAGAGUUAAGAUCAAUGAGCUUCUAGAUACAGUGAAACUGGUUCAAGAGGGUAAAGCUGAUAUUCACAAAGUGAAGAAGGUGGCUAAUGACUUGUUGGAGACUACUAAGAUAUUGAAGGAUGGACCCGAUCCUUUGAGACUAGAGGAAAUCAUCAGGACUUACAGCGAGGAUGUCAGGAACGAGAUAAAAAGGCAACAAGAGGAUGAACAACCGGAAACGACCACGGUUGAGGCUGCGGAGGAAGCGACGACUGCUUCCACCACCACCGCCACAACUGAAUCGGUCGAAGCGACGACAGAUUCGGCGAAAGCAGCCUCGGAGCAAAAUGGCGACACCACCACGCCGGCGACCGAGGUCUCUUCGUCGACCUCGAACCUGAUGGCACUGGAGGAAUCGUUUGGCGGGACGACCAGCGCACCCGACACCUCGCUGCCGCCAAAACGGAACAGCGGACUUUACUUUCUGGUAGAUUGGAACACUUUCCUCGAAGUCGGCGAGGAUGAGAAGGAGAAGAUAAACCUGAGGUUCCAGCCGAAAGUCGGCGACCGGACGAGAUUCUUACCUGUGACCGUACCUUGAGCGUUGAUAACAGGAUCUUCUAUGACAAAUCGAAACCGAAAUAUGUUAUAAAUAAUAUUAAAAUAUUGAACAAUAUGUAUUACUCGCGGUUAAUCAUACGUGGACGAGAAUGUGACAAAUGUAUUUCGAUUUCGAUUUCUUGGUUUUGUGGAGGUUGUAAAAAAAGGUCGAAUAAGGGAUGGUUACUUUCGGACGUAUCCUAUUUAUCGGUGGAUAAUGUAAUUUAUUGGAAUUGUUAGUAAACAUUAUUUAAUGGGAAUUGAAGCGGUUAGGUUUACUUUGGUAGUAUGUAAAUAGAAGACUUACAGACAAUUUAUUGCGUAUUAUAAUCAGAUAGUGGAUUUUUAUGGAUUUCUAGCGUAUUUUGUUAUUUUGUACAAUUGAUACGUAUAUGUGAUUAAUUAAACAACGAAACGUUUCGAGUUGAGGUUAACAUGAAUUCUAUUUUCUUAAUAAAGACGUAUAAGAAAAUAAUAUCUCAUGAAUAUCCACGAUCUAUUUGUAAUGAACAGUUAUUUAUACCUGUUGUUUGUAAUUGUUUUGUACAAAAAUGUUGAAUAAAAGAGUUUUCCGCAACGGAAACAAGGAAUUUAUAUUGUUUGGCCUACAUACAUAUGAAAGUAUGUAAUCAGCAC